UUCUCUUACGCCCCGGUUCUCUCUUACGGAUGCCAGCUGGGGGUGGAUUCCAGAUAAAGAGCCCCCAAAGCGUGGCGGGAGAUAAAGAAUCGCUUUCAUUACUUAUAGUUCAUACGUUCAGUUGUGAAUCAUUCGUCGACCGCUGCACAAUGCUGGCUGCUGCGGGUCUGCUUCUCCUGGUAGCGUUCGCCACACUUCUGGUGUGGGAUUACUUUUGGCGGAAGCGGCGCAACGAUAUGCUGCACUAUAUGCCGGGGCCGCCACCACUUCCCCUGCUGGGAAACGUCCUCAUGUACCGCGGCCUGAAUGCUGAGCAAAUCAUGGACUUUGUGAUGAAGAAUCAGCGCAAGUACGGUCACCUCUACAAGGUGUGGGUUAUCCACCAGCUGGCCGUGUUCUCCACGGAUCCUCGAGACAUUGAGUUUGUGCUAAGCAGCCAACAGCACAUCACCAAGAAUAAUUUGUACAAGCUGCUCCAUGGCUGGCUGGGCGAGGGAUUGCUGAUGAGCACGGGGAGGAAAUGGCACGGUCGGCGGAAGAUCAUCACGCCCACGUUCCACUUUAAGAUCCUGGAGCAGUUCGUCGAGAUUUUUGAUCAGCAGAGCGGCGUGAUGGUGGAGCAACUUCAAUCCAGGGCCGAUGGCAAGACGCCCAUCAACAUUUUUCCGGUGGUGUGUUUAACUGCCCUGGACAUCAUUGCAGAAACUGCUAUGGGCACCAAGAUAAAUGCCCAGAUGAAUCCCAAUCUGCCCUACGUAAAGGCUGUCAAUGACGUCACCAACAUCAUGAUCACUCGUUUUAUCCACGCCUGGCAGCGGGUGGACUGGAUUUUCCGGCUGACCAAGCCCUCAGAGGCCAAACGGCAGGAUGCGGCCAUCAAGGUGAUGCACGACUUCACCGAGAACAUCAUCCGCGAGCGGCGUCACACGCUGGUCAAUAGAUCGCAAGGUAAGACGACGCCAGAGGAGCAGGUGGAAGAUGAUCUGGGCCAGAAGCGUCGCAUGGCCCUGCUAGAUGUGCUGUUGCAGUCCACCAUCGACGGGGCUCCAUUGAGCGACGAGGACAUCCGCGAGGAGGUGGACACCUUUAUGUUCGAGGGCCAUGACACCACCACCUCGGCCAUUUCCUUCUGUUUGUACGAGAUCUCCAGGCAUCCGGAGGUGCAGCAGCGUCUGGUGCAGGAGAUCCGUGAAGUGCUCGGAGAGGAGGAUCGUAGGGGUCCAGUUACACUGCGCGAUCUGGGUGAGCUGAAGUUCAUGGAGAAUGUGAUCAAGGAGUCGCUGCGUCUGCAUCCGCCAGUGCCCAUGAUCGGCCGUUGGUUCGCCGAGGACGUGGAAAUACGUGGCAAGCGCAUUCCAGCGGGCACAAACUUCACCCUGGGCAUUUAUGUUCUCCUCCGGGAUCCGGAGUACUUUGAGCACCCCGAUGAAUUUCGACCCGAAAGAUUCGAGGCGGAUGUUCCGCAGACUCAUCCGUAUGCCUACAUCCCCUUCUCCGCUGGACCAAGGAACUGCAUUGGUCAGAAGUUCGCCAUGCUGGAGAUGAAGAGCACCAUCAGCAAGCUGCUCCGUCACUUUGAGCUACUGCCCCUGGGUCCUGAUCCCCGGCAAUCGAUGAACAUCGUCCUGCGUUCGGCCAACGGCGUCCAUUUGGGCUUAAAACCUCGCGCAGCUUAUAAGAUUGCCGGCUGUUCGAGAGUCCAAGAGCACUCACACCACACACCGAGUUGCAAGGGGCACAACAUGUUGGUGGCUCUGCUGGUGACCCUUCUGCUGGCUCGCCUGGUGGCCUGGCUGCUCCGAUUGGCGCUGAAGGAGCUGCGACAUCCCCUUCGUGGCGUGGUGCCUAGUGUUUCGAGAGUUCCCCUAGUGGGAUCCGCCUGGCAGAUGCGCAGUUUCCAGCCAGACAAUCUCCACGAGAAGUUCGCCGAGUACGUGCAGCGUUUUGGACGCAGCUUUAUGGGCUCUGUGCUGGGCCACGUGAUUGUGGUCACAGCGGAGCCGCGACACAUGGAUGCUCUGCUGCACAGUCAGCAGCAGCUGAGGAAGGGCACCAUGUACCGGGCCCUAAGUGGUUGGCUGGGCAACGGACUGCUCCUGAGCCGCGGCGAGGAGUGGCACACGAUGCGCAAGAUCAUCACGCCUACGUUUCACUUCAGCAUCCUGGAGCAGUUCGUGGAGGUCUUUGACAGGCAGAGCAGCAAGUUGGUGCGGCGUUUGGAACCCCUGUCCGCUGGCGAGCAGGCCGUAAACAUCUAUCCCUACGUGGGUUUGGCUGCUCUGGACAUCAUCACCGAAACGGCCAUGGGGGUGAGUGUGGACGCCCAAGGAGAUGCGGAUUCCGAGGUGGUGAACGCUGUAAAAGAUCUGACGAACAUCCUGGCCACUAGGUUCAUGAGACCGCAUCUUCUGUUUCCCCAGCUCUUUCGGUUGUGCUGGCCCAGUGCUUUCAAGAAACAACGAGCAGGCGUCCACUGCCUUCAUCAGUUCACCAAUAGAAUUAUAGAGCAGCGCCGUCUCCGACUGGCCAAGGAGACUCACCAGAACCAAGAUCAGGAGCCAGACAAGCGUCACGCACUGCUGGACACUCUGCUGCAUGCCACCUUGGAUGGACAACCGCUGACCGACAACCAGAUCCGCGAUGAGGUAAACACCUUCAUCUUUGAGGGCCACGAUACCACCACUUCGGCGGUGUCCUUCUGUCUGUAUCUGCUCUCGCGCCAUGAGGCAGUGCAGCAAAGGCUGUUCGAGGAGCUGAAGGAGCACUACGGUCGGGAUUUGAACAGGGCCGUGGUCUCCGCUGAUUUCGCUGCGCUGCCUUAUCUGAAUUGCGUGGUCAAGGAAUCGCUGCGAUUGUAUCCGCCGAUCCCGGCAGUGGCCCGCUGUCUGGAAAAGGAUUUGGCCUUAGAUGGUGGCCACAUUCCAGUGGGCACCAACGUGGUCAUACUCCUCUGGCAGCUUCUACGCGAUGAAUCACUCUUCGCCGAUCCCCUGCUCUUCCAGCCGGAGAGGCAUCUGGGAGAGGAGGCCUCCAGACUGGGACCCUACAGCUACAUACCCUUCUCGGCUGGUCCGAGGAACUGCAUCGGCCAGAAGUUCGCUCUGCUGGAGAUGAAAACCAUGGUGACCAAGCUGAUGCGGCACUACCAGUUGCUGCCUAUGGGUGCGGAUGUGGAGCCGUCCAUCAAAAUUGUGCUUCGGUCGAGAAGCGGCGUUAAUUUUGGGCUGCGGCAGCGGUUGUACUGAUAUUUUGUGAUUCUUGAAUUAAAUGAAACAUUUAAGUAUCA